GUGUGUGUGUGUUGUAAUGACCAGAAGCGCAGCGCGGCAGGACGACGACGCAGAAGCACCAAAGGAAACCAGAACGCAUGGGAAGUACCACGGGGUGCCAAAACUUUCACACCAAAGACACCGAGACAGAGAGAGAGAGAGAGAGAGAGAGAGAGAUGAAACUGGGACGUGCUUGAUUAUAUGAUAUUUUAUCUCAUUUAUUUUCUGCAUGGUGCCUGGAGGAGGAAGGCGGAAAGUCGCCCCUGUGAGAUGCUGAAAUGUGGAAUUGAUUCGUCUUUUUUUUUUUUUUAAUUCUAAUGGACCAAAAAAAACAAAACAAUGAAAUGCACUUUUCUACAGGCGUGAAGAGAUCCACAAAAACAAAACAAGUCAGGAAGCACAGGAUUUAAAAAAAAGCAGCACGACUUUACCCUAAUUAAAACGGAAAUACCAAAUACGGAUUUAUUUUAAUUUGUUAAAUAAUUCCGCAUUUAGGAUUAAUUCGGUUCAAGAUAAAUCAUUAAAGUCUGUAGAUCUGCGCUCGAGCGCUUCUGGUGGGGCCGAGGGAGGCCACGCGCGUGCAAACCUGCAACCGGAGGGGUCAUCGGGUGAGGAGAGAGACAGCAUGAAGACGCUGAAAGUCCUCGCGAGUGCACGCGCGCACACUGACAUCUAGACAAACAAAAAGACAUAUAUAGCCUAUAUAUAUACAUAUUGCUGUGGAUUUCUAUCUUUUCUGUUGUUUUCUUCGCCGCAGUGAGAUGACAGAGAUGGAGCACGACCCUUUCCGUUUGAUAUCCUGCGCGAGGAUGCGAUAAUAACGCUUAAAAAAAAAACCCCAACACGGAUGCAAUAUUCGGUGCAUGCGUUCGGGUCGCGUGCACGCUCCGGGACGUUGCUGUGGUGGAUCUCGUCGUCGCUGCCGCUUCUGCUGCUGUUCAGCGCCAUGGGCUGCAUCCAGAGCCUCAGGUGCAAGCCGAAGAGUUUCCGCGAGAGCGUCGCCGUGCUCGAGGUGACCACCUCCAUCGACCCGAACCCCACCAGCAUCGACGAGUCCUCCAGCGUGGUGCUGCGCUACCGGACGCCGCACUUCCGCGCCACCGCGCGCGUCCUCGUGCCCCCAGUGUCCGCCAAGGAGACGUGGACGGUGGGCUGGAUCCAGGCGUGCAACCACAUGGAGUUUUACAACCGAUACGGAGCCGAGGGCAUGUCGAGCUGGGAGCUUCCGGAUCUCCGCGACGGUAAAAUCCAAGCCAUCAGCGACUCGGACGGCGUGAACUAUCCCUGGUACGGCAACACCACGGAGACCUGCACCCUCGUGGGUCCUACCAAGAAAGACACCAAGUUCACCGUCAGCAUGAACGACAACUUCUACCCGAGCGUGACGUGGGGCGUGCCGGUGAGCGAGAGCAACGUGCCGAUGCUGAGCAACAUCUGGAGGGACCAGAGCUUCACCACGUGGCUGGUGGCCAUCAACCAGGCGUCGGGAGAGACGGUGGUGCUGCGGACAGUGCGCUGGCGCAUGCGGCUACACAUCGAGGUGGAUCCGGACAAACCGCUGGGGAAGCGAGCCAAGCUUCUGGAACCCGUCGAUCAGGAACAGCCUCGACUGCUGGGCAAAAACGAGCCGAUCCCGCCCAACGCCAUGGUCAAACCCAACGCCAACGACGCACAAGUCCUCAUGUGGAGGCCCAGGACUGGAGAUCCGGUGGUGGUCAUCCCUCCUAAAUACUGAUUACAGUUUUUUAGUAUUUUUUUAAAUGAAACUCGAGGUCAGUCUCACACUGGAGGAGCCGUGAACGAGGAGCAGAGCAACGUUUCUCGUCACAGGACGGGUCGGGAUCACUGUGCUAAACGAGGAAAAAAAGUGUGACAGUAGCUUUUCAGUGUGUUGUGCGUCGGAACGUACCGUUUGUAUUUAUUUAUCCGGGUGUGUUCGGGUGGCGUUCUCUAUAGGCGCAGUUCUCUUGUGCUAAGGGAUGAUGCGUUCGGAGAUUUAUACAUACGACAUAAGACAUUGAAUCCAUGCUGCCUUAAGUUUACAUCGCUUUCUACUGCAAAAAAAAACUUUCAGCCUUAAACAAACACCAUGCAACGCAGUAAAGCCUCAUCGAGCCACGUCUCGUGAUUAGUGCUAUUCCCGAAAGGACUGGCUUCCUUUUAUUAUUAUUAUUAUUAUUAUUAUUAUUAUUAUCAGUAGUAGUAUUUUUUAUUUUUACAGCGUAUUGCGUACACCUCUUUCUAAAGCACGACGGGUUUAUUCGGAUACGUUUCACGUGUCGUGGCUAGGAAUAACUCCAGGAGACGGUUCGGGUGGUUUUUGGCUGGAUUUAUUCUCUGUGGACUGAAAGGAAACUUUAUCACAGCACUGCAGAGCGAAUUAGAGAACCGGUCCAGUCCAAAAUAUCCUGGACGCCCUUCAAGUGCAGCGAUCCAGCCGUCAAAUCGGCCUCGGCCGUGUUCGUCACGACGACGCGAAACAAAUGAAUAUGACAUCACACACACACACACACACACACACACACACACACACAGAGAGAAAGAGCGGCGUUCUUCGUUUGUCCUGCUGUCGGCCGUGUAGGGUUUAUUUACGAGACUUCGACCCGGCAGAUCCUCACUUUAAAACGAGAAUACGAUUACACCACGCGCCGGAUCGUCGUAUAACGAACCUCUCCGAUACGGAAGAGGCGAUUUUCAUUUAAAAACCAAAAAAAAAAAAAAAACCACACGCGCAAAAGUCGUUUUUAUUUACCUCUGCUGCGUCUCCGAUACGGACGUCUGAUCGAUACGUUCAUUAAAAUCUGAUCACGUGCGCUGACACGGAGAUACGCGCUCCCCGGUAAACAAGCUGAAGGACACGACGACUUCCGCACAGUAAGUGAGUAAUAAACCCCUCGGUGUCGCGCCGCUACGGUAAAAUAAUCAACCGCAGCGUUUACAGAGCCGCUGCCGCACCGACGCUCGUCAUCCCCCCAGCAGCGUUCCAACCACUCGUAUUUUUAUUUAUUAAACCAUGACACGCCAUGCUUUUUAUCCGUUUCUAGGUACGUGUGAUGCUGUGGAGAAACGGUGUAGGAUCGGUGGAUUAAGGUCAGGUUCCAGGUGCAACAACAACAACAACAACCGGAAAGUUCCGCUCCGGAAAGUUCCGCUGUUCGGAUGAAUGUUUACGCCCACUUCCGUCACUGUAACGAUGACCAAACUCGAAACUGUGAAACUCCCCUUGAGGUUAUUUACGGUCUGAAACUUGAGGUCAGCCCGAGCGACAGCAGAAGAGAAUACACGUCUUCACGCCCUGCUGAAUUCAUUCGUCGUCUGAUGCGACGCCGCUUCUACGGAAACGAUUUCCUUUUCACGACGAUGCCAAGUUUUUCCAAAAAGGUCUGGGUUCUUGAGUUCUUAUGGGUCAGAAGGUGUUGAUUAACUUUCUCUAACAGCAGCUCUGACCAUCGCAGGUUUAUACGACCUCGUAACACGUCAUCGUCACGCCGUCCGUACGCUCACGGGCGACGCGUCCGGCGUACUCCGCGCGUCAACCCGUUAAAAAAAAAAAAAAAAAGAGAGGUAGACAUUGAAGGAAGGAGUCUCCAGUGUCAGUGCUUUGUAACAGACAGGACAGACGAGUUGGGCUUUUUCUCGGGAAGGUGACAAGCCGUGUUUUAACAUCAAUAAAAGAGAGAGAGAGGGGGGGGGGGAAGAGAAGCUGGUGAGAGGAUGAGUGUUUUAAUGGAUAAUAAGUAUGAUGUAAACUUCUUUGAAAAAUAACGCCUGCUGUUGAUAUUAAUCCCGGUGGAUUGUUUUCCUUUAGCAGCACAGCCCUCGGUGUGUUUUAUUCCUUACGUAGCGUCCAGCGUUUACAGAGUGGGUAUGGAUUCGUGCAGCUGUAGGAAAUUGUCAACUCGGUCACUGAUACAGGAAGCGUACCGAGCGCCGACCGUAUGCAGCUCACACACGUAUUCUGAUGAAACUAGAGGAGAGAGAGAGAGAGAGAGAGAGAGAGAGAGAGAGAGACGGGCAGCAUCUUAUUUCCAGCAGAGAGGAACGAAGAGCCAUGUUCAGUAUUCGUGAUGUAGAGGAAAGACUCUCAAACAUGUUCUACAUCCUAAACCUAAAACUGGUAGAGCGAGCAUCACACUGAACUCUCUCUCUCUCUCUCUCUCGCUCUCUCGCUCUCUCUCUCUCGAUGUUUUUCUAUAUAAUAUUUAGUGCUCAUUUUCUGUGAUGUGAUAACGUCACACAGAGACUUGCUUCCCUUCUCUGAGAGAUGAGAGAAAUCCCACAGCUUCCUAAGAUCUGGAUCUAUUUGUAAAGUCUUUUUUUUAUGUCUCCAGUACACACACACACACACACACACACACACACACACACACAAUUAAUCAUUUAUGAAUACCAACCGCUCUGCAAAGAGGCUGCGAGGCACACGCUGCAAACCCCCCCCCCCCCCGACAUUAUAUAGUCCGAUUUAUUUCAUAUUUAUCUCUUAUAAGAUUACAGUAAACCGAAAUAAACCUAAAACAGCCGUAUCUCACAUUUCAUUUAUAAAUAAGGAAUAUUAUCAAUCUCGUCAUAUGGAAUAUUAGAUGAAUUCGCCCGUAUUAACCAUCUUUUGACUUGUAUAUCUUUUCUUUUUUUUUUUUUUUUUUGCAGUGUGAAUAAAUAGGAAUAAAUGCAGAGCUACUCAUGUAUAAUAUUUUAUAUUAUACUAUUUAUAUCAGCAAAGCACUGGAAAAUAUAUAUUUUUAAAAAAAAAAACAUGCAAAAAGACAUACUAUAAGUAUAUUAUUCGUUUACAAGUGUUAAAGUGUUAAAGGUGGCUUUCAGAGAUCAUUUCUUUCUUCCUGGCUCAGUAUUUCUGAAUAUAAUAAUAAUAAUAAUAAUAAUAAAGAAAUGUAUAAUGAACAUAUUACACAAUUUAAGGAAACCUCUGACUGACACACACCAGCCAAUUUAUUUUCACCACAGGAUGUUGUGUUAAUUUUAAUAUUUAAUUAAAUUCAGGAUGUACAGAGUUUUAAUAAUAAAUCGCUUCAUUUUCA